AGAGGCUGGGUGUUAAUGGAGGGCUGCGCGUCAGUGAGGAGGGGGGGUGAGAACUGUGAAUCCAUCCGUAAGGAAAGUCAUAGUGUAAACACUAUUUAGCCGUGCAGUCAAGCUGCUAUGGUCGUCCACAUCUGGAGUUUGAACGUUAGCCACAAAGACACUCCUGCGCUCAACCAAAGUGCAAAUGCCAGUUCAGGAGACCCCCUAGAGCCCCACGACGCCCCACCUGGCCUGAGCCGGACCGGCCACACGGUGAUAGCCGUCUGCCUCGGGAUCAUCCUGGUGUUCGGAUUCCUCAACAACCUGUUUGUCCUGCUCGUCUUUGCGAGGUUCCGCUCACUGUGGACACCCAUAAACCUCGUCCUGCUGAACAUCAGCGCGAGCGACAUACUGGUGUGUUUGUUUGGGACUCCCUUCAGCUUCGCUUCCAGUCUCUACGGGAAAUGGCUUUUGGGAUACCACGGCUGCAAAUGGUACGGCUUCGCCAAUUCGCUUUUUGGAAUAGUGUCUUUGAUGUCUCUGUCCAUUCUGUCAUAUGAACGUUAUGCCGCCCUCCUGCGCCCCACCAAGGCAGACGUGUCUGACUUCCGCAGGGCCUGGCUCUGCGUGGCUGGAUCCUGGCUCUAUUCGCUGGUCUGGACUCUCCCGCCGUUCCUGGGCUGGAGUAGCUAUGGCCCCGAAGGGCCUGGGACAACAUGCUCAGUGCAGUGGCAUCAGCGCUCAACCAACAGCAUGUCUUACGUGAUGUGCCUGUUCAUUUUCUGUCUGCUUCUACCCCUCAUGCUCAUGAUUUUCUGCUAUAGCAAAAUCCUGUGCAUUAUUAAAGGGGUAAAUAAAAUCAACCUGCUGACUGCACAGAGGAGGGAGAACCACAUUCUUCUCAUGGUUAUCACAAUGGUCUCCUGCUAUCUGCUGUGCUGGAUGCCGUACGGGGUGGUGGCUCUGCUGGCCACCUUUGGCAGGAAGGGACUGAUCACUCCCAUAACCAGCAUGGUGCCGUCAGUCCUGGCCAAGAGCAGCACAGUGGUCAACCCGGUCAUAUAUGUGCUUUUCAACAACCAGUUCUACAGGUGUUUCUUAGCAUUUCUGAAAUGUCAAGGAGAUCCAUCAUUUCACAGUCAGAAUCCUCAGCCCAGCAGCAAAGAAGAUCCUCACGCGCUCAAGACCUGUGACGGGCCCUCAUGGCAUCGCGGCCUCAAGGGCCCCCAGAAAAAAGAGCAACACACUCUGGCCUUAGUUGUUCAUUACAACCCCUGACGCUCUCAAAGACUGACAGUGUGACGAUAUCUUAAACCACACCACAAAGUAUAUCAAAAUCACUAAGUAGUGCCAGAAACUCAUGCUACUGAGACUUGAAAUGAAUGUCAGUUCAAUGAAUGUGUUUUUAAAUAUGUGUAGGUACAUGCAACAGAAAUGCUGAUUAUAUAAUGAAUUUCUGAAUGAAGACUAGACAUUGCUAACCAUGCAGUGAAGCAGUUAGUGUAAGUGUCUGUCUGUGAAUGCUGUAUGUAGUGUAGUUACACUCAUCACCAUCAGUAGGAGCUACUGCCCUAUAUUCAUAUGGUAAUGAGAAUCACUAAUGUUUAUAACGGAAUUCAUAAAAGACAUAGAACAGAACAAAGCAAAGUUUACUCCUUAUGCUGCUUGUGACAGAUUUAUUUGAAUGUGUAAUUUAUUCCUGUAGUUUGUUAGUGGCACGUUAGUAAAUGAACAUUUUUCCGUAAGCAUAGCAUUUAAUAUUUUUUUAUUGAUUAAAUCCCACUGCUUUAUUGAUAUCUCCAUAUACUUAAGUGUUAUUAAGCUUCACAAAACUAUAAAGUGAAGGCCUACAUUUUUGUGCGUAAUUGUGAGUCAUGGUAUAAGACAGAGACACGUAACUACGUUAUUAUUCCAACUAAAGCGUUUUCAGUCCUCCAUCCUGCACCAUUUGCACAUUUUCCAGAAAGUGUUAACAUUUUAAUGUGCCAUUCUCAUAGUCAGUUCCACAGGCCCACAGUCUCUUUUCACCAACACACACACAACAUGCAGUGAGUCAUAUAUGGGUUACGAAUCAUUUUUCCCAUCCUUGGAAAAAGAAGCCGCGAUUACAAGGUUUGCUAUGUAUGUCUUGAAUUCUUUCUCCCUGUAAUAAUUGUUAAGCAUUUAUUUUUUUUAUAAGACUAAUAUUCACUGUAAUACUAAUUCAAGACUGUAUAAGCCAGUUUAAAAAUAUCAGACAUAUGGUCCUAAAAAUGCUAAAAUGCCGUUUGAUUAUCGAAAACUGGCAUUUCUUAUCAUAUUACUGUACUAUUGUAAUUAUAAACACUGGUUUGUAGUGUUUAUAAUACAUUUUUUGCCAUUUACUGUACCAUUUUGUUAUUCUUUUAAUCAUUUAAAGAAUGGCUAAGGCAUUGGAAGUCUAUCACAAUAGCUUUCUUCCUCAUUGAAAAUAUAGGCUAGUGAAAAUGACAUAAAGCAACAAAAUCAUGAUUAUUAGUAUGCACAAUAACUAAUAAAGUCUCGAUUUUUAAGGAACGCCUAAAAGCAGAUGCAGAACUUGCAGAAAGAAGUUUUAACAUGCUUUGUGUAGUUUUUGUGACACAGUAACUGAGCAAUGACAAUAUUUUUCACUGUAAAUGACCUCACAUCACUCAUGAGCGCAGCAUAUUCAAAACAGUGAAAUAUAUAUGUACUUCCACCCACAUCUAUUCACACACAGAAAGCAUGUUGUAAUCUAUCUCUGAUGUUUCGGUUAAUAAAGGUUGUGUCCUUUCAUGCCUCGUGGGUGAAGAUCAUUUGCUAAUGCAUAAAGCAUGCGUCCAAAAUAAUACUGAUGACUUCGGAAAAUGUGAGCCCUGGCAAGGGGACUGAAAAAAAAAAAUCAGUGGGGGUGGAACUGAGGUUAGAUGCUUCAGUUUGUGUGAAACCGGUUGUGUUUUGCAAAAAAAAAAAAAUUGAUCGAUACUAGAUAAUCAGCAGUUUCUAUUGUCAACAGUCAACAUUUAAAUGAAAAACGCUUUUGUUUUGAUGUAAUGCACAGUUAAUAACCAACAAUAUGGUGGUA